CGGAGCUCUGCGCCGCACCAGCCGAGCCAACAGCCAGGCUAGGCGGCUCGGGCUGCCUUACCGAGUGAGUAGUGAGUCUCUCGCGGAAAGCGGCGUAUAAACCUAGCCGGCUCGGCUAUCCGAUGAUCGUUACACACGCUGUGUAUAAAACAACGCGGUUCCCGAACAGGCUUAAUAACCGGGAUUUUCGUUCACGCGCGCGAGAUCUCCGUAACAACCGCGUUCUUUGCUCCCUCCCGUCCCCUGGUCGUCAUCCCUCCCCCGCCACUCCCCCCCUUCCCCCCUUCUUCGCAACUCACACGCGUCUAAUCCGCCGCUUCGUCCAAUCCCCAAGCCUUAUCACAGACGGACGGAUGCUUGACUCUACCGAAAAGCAGAUAGACUCGACUGCAAUACCGCUUGAACCGUAUUGCUGUUACUACUGAUGCUCAUGCUGACGCGGUGAUUCCUAUACCUGCGCCGCAGAUCACAUAUCGAUCGAUAGUGAUCGAUACUGACGCGGGAAUAUCGCGCGCAGAUCAAGAUCGAUUGUGAAGUUUCGGUGUGUAUUCGUUCGGUUAUUAUCAGUGAGAGUAGGAAUUAUUCUUAUGCUUUGGCAGCCGGAGAUAUUGUGGAGUUAGUGUUGGGUGAUUAAUUAUAUGCCAAGAGUGGGUUCACUUAUUGUGUUGUUGAGUUUUUGUGAAAUCGGUUUUUUUUUUUUUUUUCGACAAGUUUUGAGUACGCGUUACUGGUACGUCUUACAAUUUGAAAUUAUUACCCGUCGAUACCGUGGUGUAAUUUUUUGAUUCUCAAACUUGUAAGGUUUUACUUGCGAUACUUGGGAUAUUUUGAGGAAAUAAAACGUGGUUCUAAUUGUAAGAAACGCGAGAUGUUUUUAGGCGUUUUACUUGAAAUACGUAACACAGUCGAAGGAGCGAAUGGUACAUGAGGUGGAAAGAAGAAACGAAAGAAACAAAGAAACGUUCGUUUAUUUGAAAAGAAAUACGGAGUGUCGGGUUCGGGGGCAGAGGAGGAGGUGGCGGAGGAGGAGGAGAAGGAGGAGGAGGAGGAGGAGGAGGGUAGGGAAGGAAAAAAAAUAAUAACAAUGAUGCGACGCCAUAAACAGAAUCGAACAAACAACUGAUAUGCAAAUAAUGAGUUGUGCAUUUAAAGAUUGUAUUGGAACUCGGUUUGCUGUUAGCUGCCGCCACCACCACGCUGGGUUUUAUAAUGCGUGGUUAUUUAAAAGAAGAAACAGUAUACAACCUUAGUUGGGUAUUAUUAAAAGAAACUAUUGUCGACGUCUUAUUAACAAUGCCUUGUUAUUAAACUCCCAGCCAACGCCGACGAAUACGACCGAGUUCGUACGGUCCGACCGCACCGCCUGCGCGGAUUCUCCUGCACUAGAGGCAGGCUGCUGUACACAACCGUCUCAAACUUCUGUGACUACGCGGCGCGCGCCAGCCCGAGUUUGUGUGUUCCACCGAAUACGAACUUGUUAUAGCCUGCAGUGUGUGCCUGCGUUUGUCCAGCGCCACGGCGCUGAUAGCGUUCGUUGGUUUCGCUCGAUCCGCCGCCGAGUCCCGCGAGUCUACCUUAACGCCUCUCCCUUCCUUAAAAUGGGCAAAGACGUUGAUCCGGGUUCGCCGCCGGCCCGCCACCCCGCCGCGUGUCAAUUCAGUGAUAAUAAUUCGUCGAUGGUUGCAAACGAAGCUGCAGGCGUGCAUCGCGCGUCGUACGCAGCACAGUGACCUACACAACCGUUCGACCGGCGUUUGUCAUAUGUUUACUCAAAAUUGUUAUUAUUUUCCUCGCUGCACAUUCAUCACCGUCGCCUGCACGACUCUGCGACGCCACCUCGCUACUUUGACUUCGGAUUACAACGUAGUGCAUCGAACAAUUGUUGAACACUUGUGCUUCCUGUGAUACUCCCGUUUGAACUUUUCUCUCAAUACACCUGGCCUCCGUCCCACGUGUUCAACUUUUAUAUUUGAAUCUCCCGCCCUGCUUCUCGACUCUGGUGAGCCCCGCCACCGUCUCGAGCUGCUACCAUUGGUAAGUCUCUCAGGGACCUUUCCAGCAGCCUGAUUUCAAAAUUGGUCAUUUAGGCGAGAAUCCUUUCGACAACGGGUCCUGGAUCAAGGAACACUUUCAGCCAACAGCAGUGCCUUGGCAAUCGAGCCUGAGAGGUCAAUCACGAUACGGUGACGAUGGCAUAAUGGAUCAUGAUCAAGACGGGGACGUUGCGAUUAACCUGUCAACAUCCCAGAGACCUUCUGCUUCUACGACCCCGAACGGAGACACAUCCGCAUCCUACGGCCACGAUCAUCAGAACAACGAUCAGGUGAGGCUCUCUCGACUCUUCUCAAACCAUUGGUUGUACUCGCUUCGACCCUCUGCGGCGUCGCUGUUCAGUGCUUUGAAGCAGCAAGAGACGCGUGAAGCAUCAGUGGCGAGUAGAGACCGUGACGGUAGGGAACGUGAUCGGAUUCGUGAAGAGAUUGACAGCGAGCAGCAGCGCGAGGGCCACAUCGAAUACCAAGGCAAUGGGAAGCUCAGUCCUCCCGGGCACCAUCCACUGACUGUCGCACCGAUGACCCAGCAAAAGCAACCCAUCGUUUCGCAGCAGUCCCAACAGCCCAGCUCGGGCGCUCCUGGUUCACAGCCCAGCCCCCGACAGAGUCCUCAGGCUCCCCAACAAGGCAGUCCUCCAACCCCUGCUGGUCAGGGACAAUCACCUGGAGGGCCGCCGCAACAGUUACCACAAACAACAUCGCAGAUGAUGCUUAGCCCCGCAAGUGGGCUUCAUCAGAUGCAACAGCUCCUACAGCAACACAUUCUCAGCCCGAGCCAGCUACAGUCGUUUAUGCAACAGCACACCCUCUAUCUCCAGCAGCAGCAGCAGCAACAACAGCAGCAGCAUCAUCAGGACUCGACAUCCGAGCACGUUGCUAAUCAUGAGAGAUUCGGCUACUUCUCCUCGUUAAAAAACCAUCAACAGCAGCUAGCCGAAUUGGGUAGGAAACAGUUGGAACAAGCUAUGCAGCAGCUUCAAGAGCAGCUGCAACUCAAUUUAAUACAACAAACGCACCUACUGCAGACGGCGGACAAGAAGAAGGCGUCGGCACCUCUUCAGCAGCUCGCGUUACAGCAGCAACAGCUAAUACAGCAGCUCCAGAUUACCCAGCGACAGUAUCUACUGCAGCAGGGUCUUGGUCUUCAGGGUCACAAUCACUCGUCGGGUCUACAGCCCGGUGACGGUAUGACAGUUUGGAAAAAUGAGCCGUCCGACGGAACGGAAGUUCACCAGAAUUCGAAUCCGCACAAAUCCGGGGGAGGUCUGAACGGGUUGUUAAAUUCAAUCGUCUCCGGUCGCCGGUCGGAAAUGAACGGCACGUCCUCUCUCGACGAAAAGCCGUUAGACGUGUCAAGCAACGAGAAAGCUCAUCCGCUCUACGGUCAUGGGGUAUGCAAAUGGCCAGGCUGUGAAGUGAUCUGUGAAGAUUAUCAGGCAUUCCUUAAACACCUAAACACCGAGCACACAUUGGACGACAGAUCGACGGCCCAAGCGAGAGUUCAGAUGCAGGUUGUUUCCCAGCUUGAAAUCCAGCUGCAGAAGGAGCGGGACAGACUUACGGCGAUGAUGCACCAUUUGCAUGUGGCCAAGCAGAUGGCGUCACCCGAACCCCCCAAGUCCUCGGAAUCAUCGACUGGCUCGAGUUUACCGAAACUUAAUUUGUCCUCGGCGUUGAUGAGCCAACCGCCCCCUAAUUUCGGGGUGUCCCAGGUCUCGCCGGUAUCGAUGUCGGCACUCGUUUCCGCCGUCAGAUCGCCGGCCAGCAGUCAACAUCCCUCUUCAGGUGGGCCAGCCUCGAUGCCGCCCCUGCCGAACAUGUCGACAAUGCCAGGUAUGCCACCGAUGCCCAACAUGCCAGGGAGCAUGCCUAGCAUGCCCAGUAUGCCGUCGAUGGCCGGACCAAUCCGCAGGAGGAUCAGCGACAAGUCUGCGCUGUCCUUGGCCGGUGGGCUGCCCUACAUGCUGGAGCGCGCUGGCCUAGACGUUCAACAAGAAAUUCAGCGCAACCGGGAGUUUUACAAAAACGCCGACGUCAGGCCACCCUUCACUUACGCUUCUCUCAUUCGUCAGUCGAUAAUCGAAUCGCCGGACAAGCAGUUGACGCUCAACGAGAUCUACAACUGGUUCCAAAAUACGUUCUGCUACUUCAGGCGCAACGCGGCAACGUGGAAGAACGCAGUGCGACACAACCUGUCUCUCCACAAAUGUUUCAUGCGAGUCGAAAACGUGAAAGGGGCUGUUUGGACGGUGGACGAAGUGGAGUUUUACAAGAGACGUCCGCAGCGCGCUUGCAGCACGACUGGGGGUGUCCCGUCGAAAAGUCCAACUCUAAUUCACAGUCCGACAAUGUACGGCGACGCACUCAACGCCAAUCUCCAGUAUUUCCAGGCUGCGCUUGGUGAGUCGAACAUGGGUUUCUUGAACAACUCCAUGUGCACAUCGACGGCAACAAGUCCUGACAAGGACCAUCUUCUAGCCCACAACGAUUUGAUGUCGCCGUUGGAUGAACCAUCGGGCGUGCAUAUAAAGCAAGAGGGGCAGAGCCCCGAGGGCGGGAAGUUAUCGAGACUGAUAAAACGGGAGCUCUUAGAGGCACCGACCGAGCAGGAGGAGGACGGCGUAGAUGACCGUGAAUAUUCCGAGAGCCAUGGCCACGAUUCGGGUCAGGACGAGGACAUGGCCGAGGACCUAUCUAUGGCGCCGGACACGACGCCGAGCACGGAAGAUCAGAUCGAAGCGUAGUAUCCUCUUCGUUGUUGAUUCCCUAACCCUUUUACCCCCCCCAACCCCCAAGAUAUAAUAUUCAUCCCCUACUCGCCAUAUCCAACCGCCCUACAAAAGCGGUCUAAAGACUAAUAAAUAUUAUUACUAUUAUUAUUAUAUUAUAAUUAUUAUUAUCAUCAUUGUAAUGUCGUUUUUCUUUUUUUUUUUUUUUUUUUUCUUUCCGUCUCAUUUUUAUUCCAAAACUAUGAUGACAAGUACGCACGUAUUAGCUGCCAAUACGAUUGGCAAUUGUGUAUAUAUAUAUAUUAUAUACGCAUACACACACACACACAUAUAUAUAUAUACUAUAUAAAUUGAACGUUCUUUGAUCCAUAUCCCUUACGAAGCAAUUGUAAGAAUAACGAUUACAUUAUAUACAUAUAUAAAACAUA